AUGUCUUCCGCCGUCCGCAACGCCCUUGUGCGCGCCAGCCGCCCGGCUACCGCGGCCCUCGGCCGCCGUGCUGCCACCACACACGCCAUCUCCAACCCUACGCUGGCCAACAUCGAGAAGAGAUGGGAGGCCAUUCCCCCUGCGGAGCAGGCCGAGCUCUGGAUGUCUCUGCGCGACCGCAUGAAGGGUAACUGGGCUGAGCUUACCAUUGCGGAGAAGAAGGCCGCCUACUGGAUCGCUUUCGGUCCUUGGGGCCCCCGCACCGAGCCUCCCCAGGGUGAGGGCAAGAAGGUCUUCCUCUACACUGUUAUCGGUCUCGGCGUCAGCGCUGCCAUCUUCGGCACCAUGCGCGCUUUCGCCAAGCCCGCCCCCGCGACCAUGACCAAGGAGUGGCAGGAGGCGACAAACGAGUACCUCAAGGCUCAAAACUCCGACCCCUUGACCGGUAUCUCGUCCGAGGGCUACAAGGGCAAGGGCCACAUCCAGUCCCCCUCAUCAAAGGCUUAAAUCAACAGGUCCGGUUUCUUUUGUCGUUAGACGCAAUACUAUUACUCACCGGGCAAAUAUGCCUGGAUAUCACGAUUCUGAAGAAGAGUCUGGGGAGAAGAACAUUGAGAAGGGGGGCGGAGCAUUGGAGCUUACUGGUGCUAAAAACUGGAUGGGGGUGUAAAUACUGUACAAUGCUGACAAUGCGACAUCGUUUCCUAUUUACGGUGGAUUUCCUGUGGUGGUCUGUUUUCAUAUCUCAUACCCCGAAAAUUGUUGAUGACCCAACUCAAUAUAUGUUUGCAGAAUUCCAUAUUCGCC